UCCCUAAAUCAACGGCUCUAUCUAUCGUCCUCUUCCAUUGAAUACGAAAUCCAGUGCACCCGAUAAUAUAUUCUUCACUACCAUAUCACUCUGCGAACUCUUCAAUUUCGGAUUCAUUCACCGUGAAUCCCUCCUGCUCCUUCAGGUUUUCAAAUAACAAUAAUGGGUGUAAUAAAGUUGGAACCUCGUUGUCCCCAAAGGAUUGAUGGAAUGGCAAUCGACCCUGAACCCCAUUGGAAGUUUGAUGCUUUAUUAUCAGAACUUAAUUCAUUGGAAACAAAGCUCAGUUCCACUACUAAUGUUCCUGCGCCUUUCACAAAAUCGACGCCAAGUGGUAAAAGUUGUAAGCCUUUUAUAAUGCGUGUGUUUGAGGAUGAGAUUGACGAUACUGACAGCGAAGGUGAGGAGGAUCAUAGUUCGGUGGCUGCAACACGGUUCAAUUGCGAUGCAAUUUAUUUGAGUAGUGAUUCUGAUGAUGAGUCGACUUUUAAAGACCAAUCCUACUUAAUGGAUGAAGUGCGAAUAGUAGAAGGUGCUUUGUGUGAGCUAACCCAUGAACAUCACCUUGAAGAUAAGGAGGAGAUUAGGAACAAAAUUUCUGCCUUAGAGACAGAUUUAAGGAGUGGAAGUGAAAAGUCUACUUCUGCCCUUGCUCAAGUUGAGAAAUACAGAGAAGCAAGAAAUGAAAUGGAUAGGAAGCUUGAUACUCAAUACCAACGCAAGAUUGCAGAAGCACUUGAUAAUCACUUGACUGCUGUUCAGCGGGACCAUGAAUUGAGAUCACAAAUAGAAGAAAGAAAAAUAAGAAGUGACGCAGCUUAUGAAGAGACCAAAAGAAGGGAAAAGGCUCUCCAAGAAGAAAAAAUACGCCUAGAAAAAUCUAAAGCAGAAUCUGAGGCCAGACUUAGAGCCGAGGAAGCAAAAAGAGCUGCUUUGGAAGCUGAGAGAAGAGCAGCUCUGGAAGCUGAGAGAAGAGCUGUGAAAGAAACUGCAGAAAGGCAAGCAAUUGAGACCUCAACGAGAGUUGCUGCUAGGGCAGCACAAGAAGAAGAUGCAAGACGCCAAAUGAAUGCUAAUUCAGCAAAAAAAUCACAAUCAGCAAGUAAUGUACUCUGGGCAGCAGAAAGUGCUCUAAAUUUAGAACAGGCAAGAAUACAGAAACUUAAAGAGGUAGAUGAAGGAAACCAGGCUUUGAGGUUGACUUAUAACAAGGAUUUGAGCAGCUACGAAAAGCUUAUUGGUAGGUUGAUAAGACAAAUAAGUGGAUCGACGGAGGUUGUCCGUGAAAAGUCACGUGAAAUUAUUAAGAUUUUCAAUGAUCCUCAUUGCCCUCAAUCUGUCAUGGUGGCAGCAUUUGCAAAGCUGGUUGUCUCCCGUUGUACGAGCCCUAAUACUGAUGCUUUUGCGUGUGGGCAUGUCAUUGUUCUUGUUACCUCACAGGUUCCACAUGCAAUGGAUCUUCUUCUAGCUGAGUUCCACAGAGCCUGCAUUUACACUGUUCCAAAGCAUAUAACAUACUCAGAGUUGGCAUUUGAAUGUGAAGAGGCUUAUUAUCAGGCUCUUGGAUACCGGGUAAUUGACAGAAAGCUUGAGAGCACUAAGGACUAUUUGACACGGUUAGCAUCCUACAUGGAAUUGUAUGGAGCUCUAAUUCAGACAGAAGUACAGGGUGUCCAGAACACACAUGGCCUGAAAGAAGGCUGGGCAUGGAUUGCGAGGUUCUUAAAUACUUUGCCUGCCAAUAGAUAUACAGCGGUAGCACUGAGUGCCUUCCUGAAGAUGGCAGGGUUUGCUCUCUUCAGAAAAUAUAAAUCUCAGUUCAUGAAGGUACUGAGCAACAUCUUGAACAACUUUCUGCAAGAAUUGAAAGCAUGUGAAGAUCCAGGGUUAAAUGCAACCAUUCUGGAGAUUCAAUCCUACUUGGAGGAUAAGAGGUUCCUUAAGGAGCCAGUGGGAAGGGCCCUGCAAAGUUCUUUGCUUUCAACUGUUAGUAUUCCAGAAGGACCAGAUCCAGAUUACCACCGGUCAUCAGGUAGAUAUUACUAGUAUUUAUUAGUAAUCUAGAUGUUAUCACCUGGGUCUUAGGGGGUGAAAGUUCUUUUGAAGUCACUUAUGUAUGUUGUAUCAGUUUCUCAAAACCCAAAAAAA